AUGUACAGACUAGUGUGCUUUCUUGUUUUUGUGGGCGCAGUCGCGGCUAACGACAUUGUUAUCAGCCACGAAAAUGGCAAGAAAAUAUACGAUAGCAACAGAACCGCCAGUCCGGCGAUAUGGAGACGAGCUGACAAGAUAACUGUCAACGCUACAGACAACGAAGUCAUCAGCGGCGUGAUCAUCACAGAUUUGAGGGCGGAGAAGGACGGAGAGGUGCAAAUCGUCGAAGGGGGACAAGGACAGAAAAACGUUACCUUCGAGUUGAAGAGCCCGGCUGUGUUCAGAGGCUACGAAUUCCACGUUGAAGUUUACUCUGUGCCCGAAGAUGAAAUACAAGCAGAAGUAAAUACCUCCACCAAGUUAUCAGACGCGAAGGUGCCAGCAUCCGUCGCUGGAGAAACGCAUAACCCGGAGAAGAAUUUAAGAGAAACGCGAAAAACCGAAACGGCUGCGACAGCUACGUCUGAAGCUUCAGACGAGAAAACGACCUUCACAGCGACAACUGAACAAGGCCAAACUUUAAUUACGACCCAGAAACCUGAGUUCUUCAAUCCUAUUGCCAUGAGCAAAGACAUUAACAUCAACGGUAUUCCGACAGCAUCGAACGUGGACGUACAAAGUACAACCGAGGUUAAUGUUGAAGGUAGCACUACUGCUGAUCGCACCACGGUGGUAGGCCGCGAAGAAGAGCUUCCUACCGAUAACGAUGUCUCUCAAUUCGCGCUGUUAAAGGACAAUUAUGCUCCUUCGACUUCGCAGCACGCUUCGACGAUUCCACCAGUGGGUUACAGCACGCACGUAUACAAAAAUAAGUACACGCGAAAUGAUUAAAGUUAUUUUAAUUACCUAUUUUUUUUAGGUUAGAUUGACCAUCGCUAUUUUGUUUAGCAAAUGGUCAUAUUUGUGUAAUUAUAGGUGACCCUCCUAUAAAACGGUUCUAAAAAUUCCCUAAAACCCCUAUUUCGAUGACACGUUAAAGAUAUUUUUGUUUAUUUAGAAAGAAUAACCGAAAUUAUAUUUCAAUUUUUUUUGUCUAAUAGGUUAAAAAAUACAUACAGGCACAGUUGAGAUAUUUUGUUCAGAAAUUACUCUCUUUUUUGUAAUGGCUUCUAGUCUCAUUAAAACAAUUUCGCACAACACGGUAGUACUUUGUAGAGCCGUGUAAUACUCGUAGGAGGGUAACCUGUAUACUGUUUAUUAGGUGCCUAUUUAUAAAUUUCAGAUAUUCAAGAAAAUAGCCAGCAUUGAUAUAGCAUUGUACUAAUUUUAAUUCGAAGCUAAUGUGCUAAAAUAAAAACUCUGAAGGAUAUAUUUUGAUAGUUUUAUUGAAAUAACAACCUGAUUUAAUAAAAAUACUGAGUUAUAGCGGAAAUCGAAGCUGGAGGCUCAAGUUAUAACGGUUGUUCUGCUCUUUAAGUUCGCAGCGAUAAUGGGCAGGCUGGUGGAAUUUACACGCAUGGGUGAUAAGCCUCGCAAUUAGCCAG